AUGCCGAACAUCAAAGUGUUUAGCGGUAGCUCCCACCCGGACCUGGCCCAGAAAAUCGUCGAUCGUUUGGGCAUCGAUUUAGGGAAAGUUGUAACCAAGAAGUUCAGCAACAUGGAGACAUGCGUGGAAAUAGGUGAAUCUGUACGUGGUGAGGAUGUUUAUAUUGUGCAGAGUGGAAGCGGUGAAAUUAACGACAAUCUGAUGGAGUUGCUUAUUAUGAUUAAUGCGUGUAAGAUUGCGUCGGCGUCUCGAGUGACAGCGGUCAUCCCGUGCUUCCCUUAUGCCCGUCAAGACAAGAAAGACAAGAGUAGAGCACCAAUCACUGCUAAACUCGUAGCAAACAUUCUGUCGGUCUCUGGCGCCGAUCACAUUAUAACAAUGGAUCUCCAUGCGUCCCAAAUCCAAGGAUUUUUCGACAUUCCUGUAGAUAACCUCUUCGCUGAACCAGCAGUGUUAAAAUGGAUUAAAGAAAAUAUUCCUGACUGGAAAACUAGUAUUGUGGUGUCGCCUGAUGCAGGAGGAGCCAAGAGAGUUACAUCAAUUGCUGAUCGUCUUAAUGUUGAGUUUGCUUUGAUCCAUAAAGAGCGGAAAAAGGCCAAUGAAGUUGCAUCAAUGGUACUUGUUGGUGAUGUCAAAGACCGUACAGCUAUCCUUGUUGAUGACAUGGCAGAUACCUGCGGUACGAUCUGUCAUGCUGCUGAAAAACUGAUAGAAGCUGGUGCAAUAAAAGUUUAUGCAAUACUCACACACGGUAUCUUCUCAGGUCCUGCAAUCUCAAGGAUUAAUAAUGCUUGCUUAGAGGCUGUCGUUGUUACAAACACAAUACCACAAGAGAGGCACAUGCAGGAGUGCCCGAAAAUUCAGUGUAUUGAUGUUUCAAUGAUGGUAGCAGAAGCCGUGCGGCGCACACACAAUGGAGAAUCUGUUUCCUACUUAUUUUCUAAUGUUCCAUAUUAG